AUGAAGCUUAUGCCUACAAAACACCAACGAUGUGCCUAUGACAGGAAGCUGCUUGUCCCCUAUGACGUAAUCGGAUACAUCCGCCAAAAGCUGGAGGCCAGGAAUUUAAUGACAUUUCCACAUUACAGACCCAUACUACAUACCUUGCAGCAGAGAAAAAGUCUCUGCUCACCAUGUCAAUUCCACCAACUGGAAUAUAUCUGUCAGUUCAGCACAGACAAUAUAGCUGCCAAUUGUCAGCUUGAGGUGCAGGGAUCACUGGUUGCAUCAAUUUCACAACAGUCACAGCAGCUCAAGAUGUUAGUAUGGAGCUGGACUCUUAUCACCAAAACCAAAAAACUGGCCUUCGGCUGGCACAUACACAAAUUAUUAUGUGAUAUCUCCAAUCGCAACUUACAACCUUUCCUACCAGAUCCUUUCCCCCAGCAGGACUUUGACAGUGUCCAUAACCUCUGGGACCACUGCUGUGGUGCCUGUAAGCUUAGUAAGGUUGACCUGCACGUCCAUGCCCCAUUUGGUGAUUUUCCUGUGGCUACAGGGGGGCUUAUGCAUGCCUACGUUAACAUUGUCAAUCACUUCCUCACCUCUGAUGUUCAGCAGUAUCUCUUACCUAUCAUUGAAUAUUUCACACUUUGGCCAGGGGCAACACCAAUUUCUUACACCUCAGCUGAUACUGUGGCACUAGCAUUUGUCACUGUUCAAAAAGCUUGCCAAAUUCUUUGGCACUCAUCAUCACCAUCCAGCCCAAAGCGAUAUGGUUCAGUGACGGCAUUAAAUUUUGAAGGUGGCUCUAGUUUGCCACAACAAAGCAAGGACUACUGUACUCCUCCUCAUACUUCUCAACCUCCACUUGUUUCAAGACAGACCUCAACACUCCAGUGA